UUUAGGGUUGUAGUUCAUAGUACUGCAUCAUACUGAGAAGUGUUCUAACAUUGGGUGAUACGAUCAGCAGGUUUGUCUGCAAUGAAUGAAGAUUACCACUAGGUGUAGCUGUAGAUCUAAAGAAGGGGAAAGAGUUAAUAUUCGUGCGCUAAAAACUAAUUAUAAUACAAGAAUGGCAUUAUUUCUUAUGAAAUGUUACUUUACGAAUUUAUUCUAUUACCAUUUUUUUCUUGUAAUCUUCAGAAUAAACACAUUUGAGAACAUUCUUAAUUUUUAACACUAUUAUUACACAUGAUUAGACUUUUUUUAUUAGUAUUGACGACUUUAUACAACGUUGUGGCUAAGCUAGUCACAAUAAUGGAUACAUGGUUUAUGGAACGAUACAAAAAAACAUGAUCCCUCGAUAAAUUGACAUAGUGUCUCUCUGUGUUACACCGACAGGAUGAUGGUUCACUCUGCAUGUAUCUAUGCUUUGGCUUUAUAUGAAAUGAACACAGGAGAGAGUGAGCAUCUUCUCUGCUAUUAAGCAUCUUUGUGCCAGGAACGGGGCUACACGAGUGUUAGCAGUUAGCAAGCAGACGCGAAUAUGAAUGAAGGCAAAAAGACGAAAAUUUGUCAGCCAAAUGCCACAGUUUUAGUGUGGCUGUGCAGCGCAGCCUUCCUUCAAACAGUCAACACAAAAUAUUAAAUGAAAUAGCGCAAAAUUGCACCAAGUGUAUGCAGUUUCUAGCAUUGCCAGUGGUCACGCAAUUAGUUGGUCAAUCUGCAAUAACCAACAGAUACCACUAGGGGGUGAUGUUUCACCAUCCAUUUGCAACUCCUAUUCCAGGGGGCGCUAACAGCAUAUGUAAACAACACAACUAAUCUAAAUUGAUGUUAAUCCAAGUAAAAGCGUGGGUUCUCUUCCAUCUUGAAAAUAGAUACAACUUGGCAACAUGUGCAUAGCAACCUUCAGCUCACUAUGUCAUUACAAGAUUAGAUUAGAGCCUUGUAGAUGAGGACAAAAGUGCACACUGUCUUCUAUCCUGCAGCAUAUAGGACAGGACGGGUCAUUAUUUCAUAUGGCAGCUAGCCAAGCCGGGCCUCGGAGUUUGCCUGUGAAAUAUGUGUGGAAUCCAGGCUGGCAGGAGCAAUGAGGCUUUUAUCACCAGGUGACACCCAGCAGCGCGAAAGGCCUCUGGAAGCUUAGUUUUGCUCCUCACGCCACCAGAGCCUUUUUUUUUCUCCCCACAAAUGAGCUCCCGUUUUGGCAGGGUGGUGACAGGGUGCGUGAUGUUUGGUAACAAGCUUUGACAGCCUCAGUCAAGCCUUGAGUGAGAGAGAGAGAGAGAGCGAGAGACUCCCUAGGUGUAUGAAAGUAUCGGGAUGCUUCCUUCAUUAAAGAAUCUAUCAAGGGGAUGAGCUAAACGAAUGAAUUCAUUCAUGUUGCACAAUUUUAUGCUUCCAGAUUUACAGGAAGACUUCUGGGAAUUCCCAAAGUGCGCAAAGCAAAAACCUUGACCCUCACAUGUCCAAUGUACUUCUGGAUGAUUGGGUUAACAUUCCCACUGAUCCAAGUAUUCCCAGAAGAGUGGAAGCUGUGGAAUAUUUAUCUUCCAUUCUCACUUCCCGUCGGACACAAGUUCGGCUUGCUGGUGAACGCACGACUGCUCCUGUCGUUUGUUAAUGGAGGAAUCAGAUGGAUGGCGCUUGGCGUGGCGAUAUCCUCCAAUGUUGGGUUGCCAGCUUGAAAAUUACGAGUGAAUUCAGGAAACAGAAUUCAGUAAAAAAAUUAUGUAAAAAUAAUACAAAAUCUAAUAAGUACAUAAUUUAAUACUAAAAUAUGAAUAGUAAAAAUAGUAUUGUAGUGAAUAGUUGCAUUGUUACAUUGUAAUUUACAUAUUUUUCUCACACUACUUUGUGUUUAAAUAAUAUGAAACCAUUUCCAUAAUUACAUAUUUCUUGACUUAAUGACUUUUUAUUAUAUUUGUCUUUUGAGUUGUAACAUUCCGACUUUUAUCUCAUAACUUUAUUUUUUUCUGUCUUGUAAUUAUCCUUUUUUCCUCUUAGUCAGCCUAAAUGUUUGCAUGUGGGGGUUUUAUUUGAGGUUAAAAGGGGGGCGGGGGCAUUCUGCAACUCUGCCAAACCAUCAAAUUUUAACCAAGUGUUCACUUGGUCCACCACACCCCCUAAUAUAAGUUCCAAACUUCCAGUUCUGGUCCCCUUGGUCAGUUCCAAGAGCGCUAACUCAUUUUCCGGUGACUUAAUUCCAGGGUCUCUCAUGUGGCGAAUGUGACGCUGGGACGGCAAUAAAAACCAGAAGUGACUGCCAUCAAAUGUGCCUGCGGAUAUUCGGAGACGAAGCCCAAAAGCCGCAGACGGCACCAACGCCAAAAGUGGCCGAUUCACAAGCGGCAGAGCCACCACAGUUUGAACACAGAUCAUCACGCUUGCAGCUGAAGCGGAGGAAGGUCAUAGGCGGAAGGAGGGGGUGUCGAUGGAACUGUCAGCUUCCGCUAUUACAAGAAUUCAAGGAGCGGCCUGGGAGGAUGAAGGGAAGAAAAAAAUGGAGCAGUUGUUGUGGAUGUCCUAUAGGAAAGGAUCCAAGUGUAAGAUGGAGGUGCUUUGAAGUGGGACAACGCCACCUCCUGAAUAAGACGUUUGACACCACCCACCAGAAGAUGAACUCAGGGCAAACCUCCACUCUUCUAGCAUCUCCUCCACCUGGUCCCUAUGUCAUCUGCUAACAUCAUAGUCCAUGGAGGUUCUUGUCUAAGCUCAUCUGUCAGCCUGUCCAUCACCAUAGCAAACAAGAAGGGGCUCAGAGCGGCGCCCCCUGGAGAACCCCGCCCGGGGCAGCUGCCCACAUGGCCCAUAGCUAGAACCGCUACCGCAUGCAGGUCCUACAAAGGUUACGCAAAGGCGAGGCUAUCGAAAGCUGGUUGGACAUGUCCCAACCAUCUCAGUCUGGCCUCUCUGACUUUAUCUCCAAGGCCUCCAACUUCUGAUCCUAUCCAUCCUGGUCCCGGCCAAUGAGAACCUCAGCAUCCUCAUCUCUGCUACCUCCAGUUCUGCUUCCUGUCUUUUCCUCAGUGGCACCGUCUCUCGACCAAACAACAUGGCUGGUCUCAGCACAGUCCCGAAGGGUCCAAAACGUCAGAUACAGGAGUCUGUGGGGUCCCGCCCCUCCCUCGCUGCACCCCCCCCCCCCUUCCCCUCCCCUCCUCCCAUGACAGGGGGGGAGCCAGAGCGCCUCUCGUCUUCAGUCGGUGUUCACAUCGCAGGCAGGCUGGAAGCAGCGGCAGCAGCAGCAGCGAACCAUCAGCUCGGGAGUACUUGGUGUCUGUAAAUCAAAGAUAAUAACCGACAUUUAAAAAAGAAUAACAGAGUAACUGCUUGGAUUUUUUUAUUGAUUUUUUUUUUUUUUUGCAUUAUUAUUGCAAGUGGUGUUAGGAUCGUGCCCGGGAUGGGAAUAAGAGAGCCAGCUUUGGGAAGUUGCUUGAUCCGGGAGGCAGCAUGAAGGCUGCUGGCUUCAUCAAGACGCAACUAAUGGGAGGUGUCAGCUGAUGAGGUGGUCCGUUCAUCACCACCCGCCAUGGACGUCAGCUGUCGCCUACACCCCCUUGCCAGAAGCUCCUCCAAGCUCAGAGCACCCGCGUCGUGGUAGCAGCUGCCGGGGUGGACCAUGCCGGCCGCCGACAGCAUGACACACAUGGACUACAAGUACACGCUGCUGGGUUCCCCGGGAGAAGACUACCGGAAGAGGCCGCUGCUCCUGCAGGUGGACGAAGCGCCCGUGAACCUGUUUGCCAUCCUGGAGGUGAAGCAGGAGCUCCCGAGGAGAUGGAGCACGCUGGGCGGCUUCUGCAAGAUCCGCCUCUACGGCGUCUUUUUCGGCGUCGCCGUCAUGUUCCUCAUCAUGGCCUCCUACGUCCUGAUGGGGGACAAGAAGGGUCUCCUGCUCACGCCAUCGCCGUAUCACAUCAGCGGCCUGGCGAGCCCCGGACCUUCCGCCUUCAAUGUGUCGUCCGUCAAGGACUACGCGCACGUGCAGCUGGUGGUCAAGUCCAUCGUGUCCAAGGUGGAAUUCCGCAGCGGGCGGCGGCUUCCGGAGCUCCAGGUGUUGGCUCACAGCGAGCAACAUAUGUUUUCAGUCAUCCCCCGCAAAUUCCUACCCGACGUCCGCAACCCCUGCUGGUAUGAGGAGUACGCCGGGAACGCCACCUCGGACCCGUACGGGACAAACUCAUACGCACGCUACUCACGGCGCUUUCGCACCGUCUUCACGCACUUGAGGAGCUCCUUCCGGAAGCAUCUGUUCCGCCAAGAUGGGAAGCUUUACCGCAUUCGCUGCCUGCCGUAUUUCUACAUCAUCGGACAACCAAAGUGCGGCACCACCGACCUUUACAACCGCCUGCGGCUGCACCCCGAUGUCAAGUUCACCCCCUUCAAGGAGCCACACUGGUGGACCCGCAAGAGGUUUGGCAUCAUCCGUCCGAGCGAGGGCUUCCACGAUCGCUACCCGGUGGAGGACUACCUGGACUUGUUCGAUCAGGCCGCUUACCUCAUCCAAGGCAACCUCACGAGCAACGACAGCGGGGCGCUCAGCCAGCCCAACGUCAUCAUCGGAGAAGCCAGCGCCUCCACCAUGUGGGAUAACAACGCCUGGGUGUACUUCUACGACAACACCACCAAGGGAGAGCCGCCCUUCCUCAUCCAGGACUUUGUUCACGCCCUGCAGCCCGACGCCCGCUUCAUUGUCAUGCUCAGGGACCCGGUGGAAAGACUCUACUCGGACUACUUGUACUUCGGCAUCGCCAACAAGUCGGCGGAAGACUUCCACGAGAAAGUGUCAGAGUCGCUGCAGCUGUUUGAGGGCUGCCUGGCCGAGUACACCAUGCGUUCCUGCGUGUACAACGCCACCGUCAACAACGCCAUGCCAGUGCGGCUUCAGGUGGGUCUCUAUAUCGUCUACUUGCUGGACUGGCUGAGCAUCUUCAGCAGGGAGCAGAUUCUGGUGCUGAGGCUGGAGGACCACGCCUCCAACAGGAAGUACACCAUGCACCAAGUCUUUCAGUUCCUUAACCUGGGGCCGCUGACAAAACAAAUGGAGUCGGACAUCACAGAAAGCCCCGCCUCCAACACCAGGAGGCCGGCAGACAAAAAUCUGGGCCCCAUGCUGCCCAUCACGAAAGAUAUCCUACGCCAUUUUUACACACCCUUCAACCAGAAGCUGGCCCAAGUGUUGCACAAUGACUCUUUCCUCUGGGACUUCAAACCCUGACACCCCCCCCCCCCCCCCCCCCCCCCCAUAUGUAUAACUCAGUAGGAAAACCACUGACAUCAUCAAGUGCCCAUCAUAUGUUUUUAUUUAAAUGAUUUAACUUAUAAGAGCAGCAGAAAUUAAUCAAAGACAGAAAAUAGCACAAGUGUGUGUGUGCGUAUGAGUGUUGAAUGUGUGUACAUAAAAGUGUGCAUGUUUGUGUGUAAAGAGACUUAAUUGAUGAUUGUUUUUAUGUACAAAGUAAACACCAAUUG